CUCAGACUCAGGCUCAGAUCAGUUGAAAGUGAAACGCACAAUAUGUUGGACGUGAUAGCCCUGCUGCUCGUGACGCUUGCCGUCAGCUUCUGGUUCGUGGGCACCCGGCUCAGCUAUUGGGCACGACGUCGCAUCAGCCAUGUGCGGCCCAGCUUUCCCAUGGGCAAUCUGGAAGGCUUUCGCAGCACGAAGCACUUUAAGGACAUUCUGACGCCGCUCUAUGAGAGCUUCAAGUCCACCGGAGCACCGUUUGCGGGUUUCUACUUUAUGCUGCGACCAGUGGUGCUGGUGCUUGAUCUGGAGCUGGCCAAGCAGGUGUUGAUCCGGGACUUUGCCAACUUCGAGGAUCGCGGCAUGUACCACAACGAGCGCGAUGAUCCGCUCACGGGACACCUGUUUCGCAUCGACGGCCCCAAGUGGCGGCCACUGCGCCAGAAGAUGUCGCCGACCUUCAGCUCCGGCAAGAUGAAGUUCAUGUUCCCCACCGUCUCCGCCGUGGGCGAGCAGCUGGCGCWGGUGUGCGGCGAACUGGCCAGCAAUUCCAUUUGCGGCAUUCUGGAGAUCAACGAACUGAUGGCCAGGUACACCUCGGAUGUGAUUGGCAACUGUGCAUUUGGCCUGGAGUGCAAUGGACUGCGCAAUCCGGAGGCCGAGUUUGCCGUCAUGGGACGACGCGCCUUUACAGAUCGGCGCCACAACAAGCUCAUCGAUGGCUUCAUUGAAAGCUUUCCGAAUCUGGCCAGACGCCUGCGGCUCUGCCAGAUACACAAGGACAUCACGGACUUCUACAUGCGCAUCGUCAGCGAUACGGUCAAGGAGCGCGAGUCCAAAGGGAUUGUGCGCCACGACUUCAUGAAUCUCCUGAUCGAAAUGAAGCAACGCGGCGAACUCACGCUGCCCGAGAUCGCGGCGCAGUCGUUCAUAUUCUUUGCCGCCGGCUUCGAUACCUCCGCCUCGACCCUGGCCUUCGCCCUGUACGAGCUGGCCAAACAGCCGCAGAUCCAGGUGAAGCUAAGAGAGGAGAUCGAGCUGGCACUACAGGCACACGGCGGACAGUUCACCUACGAGUGCAUGCAGGAGCUGCGCUAUAUGGAACUAGUUAUAGCAGAGACGCUUCGCAAGUAUCCCACAUUGCCGCAUCUCUCGCGCAUCUCCAAGAAGUACUAUGCGGCCAAGGGCAAUCGACACUUUUAUAUCGAGCCCGGCCAGAUGCUUUACAUACCCGUCUAUGGCAUACAUCACGAUCCGGCACUAUAUCCCGAGCCGCACCGGUUCAUACCGGAACGCUUUCUGGCCGACCAGAUGGCCCAGCGACCCACGGCAUCCUGGCUGCCCUUCGGCGAUGGGCCGCGCAACUGCAUCGGCAUGCGAUUCGGCAAGAUGCAAACGAGCAUCGCCCUCUUCCAUCUGCUUAGACGGUUUCAGUUCAGCGUCUGUCCGCGCACAGAGCCCAAAAUCAAAUUUCAAAACUCGAAUCUAUUGCUGUGCCCAGCGACGGGCAUUUACUUAAAAGUUGAAGAGCUUAAGAAAUAAAUUGUAAUGGAUUUUAAAUUCCCAUAAAUUCGUUAGCUACUUAAAUACAUUUAUUUUCUAUAGUACAUUAUAGCCA